AUGUCUACGACAGCAAAUAUUCAAACAAUUUGUCUCUACGUUACAAUACAAAAUGUUGAUAUUUCAAUUACAAAUACGGAUAUCGAAAAUGGCAUCCGUCCUAUAAUCGAUACAGAUUUACCCUAUAUUUAUUUUGGUAAACCUUACAAUAUCGAAAAUACAAAACAAAGAAAAGUUUAUUUAAAGUUCCCAGAUGAACAAAUACUAAAUGAAUUCACGAAGAAUCGUUUAAUUCAAGUUCGUGAUAAACAAAUUCAUAUGUCACCAUUUAAUCCACAAAAUAUUCAAUUAUCCGAUCAAAUGAGUCAUUUUUUAUUAAUUAGAAUAUCUGAAACACACAGCAAUGGAAAAACUUUAAAAGAUCUUACUCAAUUUGAUAUUAAUGAAUAUUUCAAAAGCUUUGGUCAAAUAGUUAGCUGUCCAUGGAGGAAGAAUUUCGAAGCAGUUCUUGAACUUCAAUAG